GCACAUACAGCUGUCCGAAGACGGCGCUUCCACUCACCAUCCGGCGUCUACGUCUUUACUCAGCCACUUCCUCGGUUCAAGUCGAAGGAAAAAGGAAGAGAAGAGCACGUGAUCCCUUUUAAAAAGCCAAUGGAAAAGUCCUCUCCUAGUUCACCAAGAUUUCGAUUGGCGGUUUUCUGCGGCACGUCAUGUGCGACCCGUCCCCGCGCCGCCUUCUAUAUUCAGUUGGGUCGGUCGUUAUGGAAGUCGGCGGUGUUGUGCUGGUUUUGUAUUUGUGUUGAAGAGGGGAAACACAUUCUGUCAGAACUUCCAGAUAAAAUUAUGGAAACAGAAACAGAUUUUCCAAGAAAUCAAAAUCAGAAGCUAAAUGCUGUGCCCAGGGAAUUUCAGACAGAGAAUCUUCCAAGAGUGACAUCUGUACAGAAAAAUUGCUUGGGAGCUGAUAAUACAAUGGAGACCACGCUGAUGAACCAAAACCUGUCUCCUCUAGCUGCUGAUUAUGAUGAACAUCUGAAGGAAAUGAAUGAACAAGUGAAAUACUGUCAGGCGCAGAUGAGGGAAAUGAGACUAAAACUUGAACAAGUCAUCAAGGAAAAUGAAAGAUUGCAUGACGAAUUGAAAGAUUCUGUUGAAGAGCAGUUGGAGGCUCUGCCAUCUGGUCCUGCUUCAGGGAAUGGUACUUUUAUGGAUGAAAAUAUAAUAAGAAACCUUCAAGAUCAAUUACAGCUAGCAAAUAAAGAAAAGGAAGACGUAGUAGAACUUUGGCAGACAGUCUCGCAGGAACUGGAGCGACUUCAGCAGAUAUACCAGGAACAUAUGACAGAAGCACAGAUUCAUAUUGUUGAAAGUCAAAAACAAAAAGAACAAUUGUCAAGCUUUCAGCAACUAACAAAGCAACUGCAUUUCACCAGUGAAAAAAGAGAGUAUAUUAAUCAGUCAUUUCUGAAGACUGUAAUGGAUCAGAAUGCGGAACUGGACAAACUACGCAGACAACAGAGACAAUCCAAAUUGGACUUGAGAACUGCAGCUGCUAAGGUUGAUGACAUGACCAGGCUGAUCGAGGAUCUUCAGGCCCAGAUGGACAGAAAGGAUGAAGAGUUGCUUGCUGCUCAGAAAAGAGAGGACACAUCAGAUAAACGCUUGCACCAAUUGCAAUCUAACAUAAAAGAACUGGAGAAAAGGCUUUCUGUAGCUGCCCAAGAUUCGAAACAGCUAAGAAUAGAAAUAACAAACCUAGAAAAACAAAUCAAGGAGCUACAUGUGAAGUGUGCUGAUAUAGAAAGGGAGAAGAACGAUGCUAUAGAAAAGGCCCAUAAAAGCAUGCAACUCUUAGAAGAAGCUAAUCUGCAAAGGAAUCGGGCAAUUAUAGGUGAGAAACAAAAAGAAGAGGAUAUUGAAAAUAUGAAAAAAGCAUUUUCUCAGCUGCUUCAAGAUGCUGCUUCAAGUACUAGAAAGGAAGUAGCAAAUGAAAAGAAAAGGUGCAAUAUUCAGAUUUCCCGAUUAGCAGAAGAACUUCAUGCACUCCAGAUGGAAUGUGAAGAGAAGCAGAGCCAAAUUGAGCGGAGUGCUAGAGAAAGGCGAGCAGUAGAAGAAGAACUAGAGAAGGUAUAUCGUGAAGGUAGAAGAAAUGAAGGCGAUUCUAGAAAACUAGAAGAACUUUACCAGCGGUGUUUGAUCGCUGAACUAGCCAAAGAUGAUUUUCAGCGAAGUCUGCAAACAGCACAAAACAAAAUUAAACAACUGGAAAUGAACCACGAGGAACAGAGAAACAGUUGCCAGGAAAUGAUCUACAAGUUGCAAAGUAUUCUGGACUCUGAAAGAAAGAACUGUGGCUUUGUCAGUGAAGAACGCUUAAAACUCCAGCAAGAGAAUGAACAGUUUCAAAAAGAAAUAGAAGAAUUGAGAAAGUUAGCCAUGGAAGCACAACAAACUGCAAAAUUAAAGAUAAGCAUAAUGGAGAAUGAACACUUAAUAAAAGAACAAGGGUUUGAAGUUCGAUUGAAAGAGAUGGAAGAAGUGAAUAUAAACUCCACUGCUGAGCUGAGGCGCUUGUUGAUAGCUCAACAGAAAGCAACAAACCGGUGGAAGGAGGAAACAAAAAAACUAACAGAAAUUACAGAAACCAGAAUAAAUAGUUUGAAAAAUGAGCUGACUCGUCAAAAAAAUCACACCCAGGAGUUACUUUGUCAGCUGGAAAGAGCAAAUGAAAAAGUUAUUGAGAAUGAAAAAUUAAUGAUGGAACAUCAAGAAAAAGUCAACAGACUUCAAAGACGACUAAGCCAGGCAGAGGAGAGGGCAGCUACAGCUUCUCAACAGUUGCAGGAACAGAUCUGUACAUGCCCAGAAGAGUAUACAGAAUUUAGCUCAGUGCAAUUACCAUGCAGAAGAAAAAGGCUGCCUCCCUGAUAGAGUUGAAAAAUAUUUGAAAGUAAUGUAUUGUUCCUCCACACAAUUUAUACUUUGAGGCUGCUGAAGAGCAGCAUUGGACCAUUAUGACCUAUUCACUUCUGCUUAAAAAGUGUUUGUGUUUGAGCAGAGAAGGAAACAUAUUGUGGCUUCUUCAAAAUAAACAUUAAGCACAUAACUGCAAAUGCAUACUGAAUUAAAGAUGGCUUCCCUUUCUUAGCAUAUAGAAAUAAACAUAGAACGGUUUGUGUUAUAGUUCUAAAGUGGAAAAUCUUUCCACCAAGUUCAAAUACCUACUGCUAAACUGGAAGUUUUUUACUCUACAACUAAUUUAUCCAGUUACAUUUUACGUAAUUUUGAGUUAAGCUCAGCUUUUUUAAACUAAUUUAUUCCUGUGGUUACAAUGGGAUGGGUUGAGAAAGAAAAGAGAAGACAGAGAGAAUGUGAGGAAGAAGAUAGAAAUGAGCUGGCACGAAGGAAAGAGACGGGAAGGAAGGAAAUAAAAGAUUUAUUGCUUAUUCUUAGUCUGCUGAGAAGAAUCUUCAGUGAUAGAUUAGAUCCAAAAACAAAGAGAAAAUUCAGGCACUUCCAGAGUUACCACCAAGCAGGAGUGGAAAGCGAUAGAGCACACUGAUAGUCACCUAGCUAGAAGUGUGAAAAGUAAGUCAAGCUGAACAUCUAUUCUUCUACAAUAUAGAGAUAACUGGAAUCUUGUGGAAGGAGUAGCACAGAUAUCAAAUUAGGACACUGGGGUGUAUUGCAAAAUGUACAGCAUUUAUUCACAUACAGACAAAGGCACAAUUCUACUAAAUAUUUUAACAAAAAAUACAGCCAUCUUCAACUAGGUCUUUAUAAAUACUUCAAAAAGGGAGGAAAAUAAAUACAGGAUUGGGCCAUGUAAUAUAAAAUAGUCAUCUCUACAUAUACUUUAUUUCUGAUUCUAUCUGUUUUGUCAUCAUGCACCUGUUUUCAAAUUUGAGCAAAAUGGACACCAAAGCUAGGCACAUAGUGAAAAAUCCUCUGUACAGGGUUUUACAAAUGUAGUAAUGACAGUUUUUUUCCUUUUUUAAAAUAAUUAAGAUUUGUACACGAGACAUGUAUCAUGUUCCAUUCAUUUAAAGUGUGUGUGUCCGUCCCCAAAACCUAAGAGAUAGCAUUCCAGUCAACAUUACAGAAAUUGUUUAUUAAGCCUACAUUUCAAUGUAGUACACCAAUUAUAAUAAAAAGAAA